CCUCCUCCUCCGCCCCCUCCUCCUCCUCCUCCGCCCCCUCCUCCUCCUCCUCCGCCCCCUCCUCCUCCUCCUCCGCCCCCUCCUCCUCCUCCUCCUCCUCCUCCGCCCCCUCCUCCUCCUCCUCCGCCCCCUCCUCCUCCUCCUCCUCCGCCCCCUCCUCCUCCUCCUCCGCCCCCUCCUCCUCCUCCUCCUCCCCCCUCCUCCACCUCCUCCGCCCCUCCUCCUCCUCCUCCGCCCCCUCCUCCUCCUUCUCCGCCCCCUCCUCCUCCUCCUCCGCCCCCUCCUCCUCCUCCUCCUCCGCCCCCUCCUCCUCCUCCUCCUCCGCCCCCUCCUCCUCCUCCUCCGCCCCCUCCUCCUCCUCCUCCGCCCCCUCCUCCUCCUCCUCUGCCCCCUCCUCCUCCUCCUCCGCCCCCUCCUCCUCCUCCUCCUCCUCCGCCCCCCUCCUCCUCCUCCUCCGCCCCCUCUCCUCCUCCUCCUCCUCCGCCCCCUCCUCCUCCUCCUCCUCCGCCCCCUCCUCCUCCUCCUCCUCCUCCUCCUCCGCCCCCUCCUCCUCCUCCGCCCCCUCCUCCUCCUCCUCCUCCUCCUCCGCCCCCUCCUCCUCCUCCUCCUCCGCCCCCUCCUCCUCCUCCGCCCCCUCCUCCUCCUCCUCCUCCUCCUCCGCCCCCUCCUCCUCCUCCUCCUCUCUCCUCCGCCUCCUCCUCUCCGCCCUCCUCCUCUCCUCCUCCUCCGCCCCCUCCUCCUCCUCCUCCUCCGCCCCCUCCUCCUCCGCCCCCUCCUCCUCCGCCCCCUCCUCCUCCGCCCCCUCCUCCUCCGCCCCCUCCUCCUCCGCCCCCUCCUCCUCCGCCCCCUCCACCUCCUCCUCCUCCUCCGCCCCCUCCUCCUCCUCCUCCUCCGCCCUCUCCUCCUCCUCCUCCUCCGCCCCCUCCUCCUCCUCCUCCGCCCCCUCCUCCUCCUUCUCCGCCCCCUCCUCCUCCUUCUCCGCCCCUCCUCAUCCUCCUCCGCCCCCCUCCUCCUCCUCCUCCGCCCCCCCCCUCCCCUCCUCCUCCUCCUCCUCUUCCUCCUCCUCCUCCGCCCUUGACGCCACCUCCGCCGCCUCAGCAGCGGCCGCGCAGCCCUCCACAACUGCCACCUCCGCCGCCCCAGCAACAGCGGCCGCGCCGCCCUCCACAACCGCCACCUCCGCCGCCCCAGCAGCAGCAAUGGCAGAGGCCGCGCCGCCUUCCACAACCGCCUCCGCGCCACUCCACGCCACCCCUGCAGUGGCCCCUCUGCCCUCCACAACCGCCUCAGCGCCACUCCUCCUCGCCGCACCUGCAGCGGCAGCGCCACUCCUCCUCGCCGCACCUGCAGCGGCAGCGCCGCUCCUCCUCGCCGCACCUGCAGCGGCAGCGCCGCUCGUCCCCGCCGCACCUGCACCGGCAGCGCCGCUCGUCCCCGCCGCACCUGCACCGGCAGCGCCGCUCGUCCCCGCCGCACCUGCACCGGCAGCGCCGCUCGUCCCCGCCGCACCUGCACCGGCAGCGCCGCUCGUCCCCGCCGCACCUGCACCGGCAGCGCCGCUCGUCCCCGCCGCACCUGCACCGGCAGCGCCGCUCGUCCCCGCCGCACCUGCACCGGCAGCGCCGCUCGUCCCCGCCGCACCUGCACCGGCAGCGCCGCUCGUCCCCGCUGCACCUGCACCGGCAGCGCCGCUCGUCCCCGCCGCACCUGCACCGGCAGCGCCGCUCGUCCCCGCCGCACCUGCACCGGCAGCGCCGCUCGUCCCCGCCGCACCUGCACCGGCAGCGCCGCUCGUCCCCGCCGCACCUGCACCGGCAGCGCCGCUCGUCCCCGCCGCACCUGCACCGGCAGCGCCGCUCGUCCCUGCCGCACCUGCACCGGCAGCGCCGCUCGUCCCCGCCGCACCUGCACCGGCAGCGCCGCUCGUCCCCGCCGCACCUGCACCGGCAGCGCCGCUCGUCCCCGCCGCACCUGCACCGGCAGCGCCGCUCGUCCCCGCCGCACCUGCACCGGCAGCGCCGCUCGUCCCCGCCGCACCUGCACCGGCAGCGCCGCUCGUCCCCGCCGCACCUGCACCGGCAGCGCCGCUCGUCCCCGCCGCACCUGCACCGGCAGCGCCGCUCGUCCCCGCCGCACCUGCACCGGCAGCGCCGCUCGUCCCCGCCGCACCUGCACCGGCAGCGCCGCUCGUCCCCGCCGCACCUGCACCGGCAGCGCCGCUCGUCCCCGCCGCACCUGCACCGGCAGCGCCGCUCGUCCCCGCCGCACCUGCACCGGCAGCGCCGCUCGUCCCCGCCGCACCUGCACCGGCAGCGCCGCUCGUCCCCGCCGCACCUGCACCGGCAGCGCCGCUCGUCCCCGCCGCACCUGCACCGGCAGCGCCGCUCGUCCCCGCCGCACCUGCACCGGCAGCGCCGCUCGUCCCCGCCGCACCUGCACCGGCAGCGCCGCUCGUCCCCGCCGCACCUGCACCGGCAGCGCCGCUCGUCCCCGCCGCACCUGCACCGGCAGCGCCGCUCGUCCCCGCCGCACCUGCACCGGCAGCGCCGCUCGUCCCCGCCGCACCUGCACCGGCAGCGCCGCUCGUCCCCGCCGCACCUGCACCGGCAGCGCCGCUCGUCCCCGCCGCACCUGCACCGGCAGCGCCGCUCGUCCCCGCCGCACCUGCACCGGCAGCGCCGCUCGUCCCCGCCGCACCUGCACCGGCAGCGCCGCUCGUCCCCGCCGCACCUGCACCGGCAGCGCCGCUCGUCCCCGCCGCACCUGCACCGGCAGCGCCGCUCGUCCCCGCCGCACCUGCACCGGCAGCGCCGCUCGUCCCCGCCGCACCUGCACCGGCAGCGCCGCUCGUCCCCGCCGCACCUGCACCGGCAGCGCCGCUCGUCCCCGCCGCACCUGCACCGGCAGCGCCGCUCGUCCCCGCCGCACCUGCACCGGCAGCGCCGCUCGUCCCCGCCGCACCUGCACCGGCAGCGCCGCUCGUCCCCGCCGCACCUGCACCGGCAGCGCCGCUCGUCCCCGCCGCACCUGCACCGGCAGCGCCGCUCGUCCCCGCCGCACCUGCACCGGCAGCGCCGCUCGUCCCCGCCGCACCUGCACCGGCAGCGCCGCUCGUCCCCGCCGCACCUGCACCGGCAGCGCCGCUCGUCCCCGCCGCACCUGCACCGGCAGCGCCGCUCGUCCCCGCCGCACCUGCACCGGCAGCGCCGCUCGUCCCCGCCGCACCUGCACCGGCAGCGCCGCUCGUCCCCGCCGCACCUGCACCGGCAGCGCCGCUCGUCCCCGCCGCACCUGCACCGGCAGCGCCGCUCGUCCCCGCCGCACCUGCACCGGCAGCGCCGCUAUUCCCCGCCGCACCUGCACCGGCAGCGCCGCUCGUCCCCGCCGCACCGGCAGCGCCGCUCGUCCCCGCCGCACCGGCAGCGCCGCUCGUCCCCGCCGCACCGGCAGCGCCGCUCGUCCCCGCCGCACCGGCAGCGCCGCUCGUCCCCGCCGCACCUGCACCGGCAGCGCCGCACCUGCACCGGCAGCGCCGCACCUGCACCGGCAGCGCCGCACCUGCACCGGCAGCGCCGCACCUGCACCGGCAGCGCCGCACCUGCACCGGCAGCGCCGCACCUGCACCGGCAGCGCCGCACCUGCACCGGCAGCGCCGCACCUGCACCGGCAGCGCCGCACCUGCACCGGCAGCGCCGCUCGUCCCCGCCGCACCUGCACCGGCAGCGCCGCUCGUCCCCGCCGCACCUGCACCGGCAGCGCCGCUCGUCCCCGCCGCACCUGCACCGGCAGCGCCGCUCGUCCCCGCCGCACCUGCACCGGCAGCGCCGCUCGUCCCCGCCGCACCUGCACCGGCAGCGCCGCUCGUCCCCGCCGCACCUGCACCGGCAGCGCCGCUCGUCCCCGCCGCACCUGCACCGGCAGCGCCGCUCGUCCCCGCCGCACCUGCACCGGCAGCGCCGCUCGUCCCCGCCGCACCUGCACAGGCAGCGCCGCUCGUCCCCGCCGCACCUGCACCGGCAGCGCCGCUCGUCCCCGCCGCACCUGCACCGGCAGCGCCGCUCGUCCCCGCCGCACCUGCACCUGCACCGGCAGCGCCGCUCGUCCCCGCCGCACCUGCACCUGCACCGGCAGCGCCGCUCGUCCCCGCCGCACCUGCACCUGCACCGGCAGCGCCGCUCGUCCCCGCCGCACCUGCACCUGCACCGGCAGCGCCGCUCGUCCCCGCCGCACCUGCACCUGCACCGGCAGCGCCGCUCGUCCCCGCCGCACCUGCACCUGCACCGGCAGCGCCGCUCGUCCCCGCCGCACCUGCACCUGCACCGGCAGCGCCGCUCGUCCCCGCCGCACCUGCACCUGCACCGGCAGCGCCGCUCGUCCCCGCCGCACCUGCACCUGCACCGGCAGCGCCGCUCGUCCCCGCCGCACCUGCACCUGCACCGGCAGCGCCGCUCGUCCCCGCCGCACCUGCACCUGCACCGGCAGCGCCGCUCGUCCCCGCCGCACCUGCACCUGCACCGGCAGCGCCGCUCGUCCCCGCCGCACCUGCACCUGCACCGGCAGCGCCGCUCGUCCCCGCCGCACCUGCACCUGCACCGGCAGCGCCGCUCGUCCCCGCCGCACCUGCACCUGCACCGGCAGCGCCGCUCGUCCCCGCCGCACCUGCACCUGCACCGGCAGCGCCGCUCGUCCCCGCCGCACCUGCACCUGCACCGGCAGCGCCGCUCGUCCCCGCCGCACCUGCACCUGCACCGGCAGCGCCGCUCGUCCCCGCCGCACCUGCACCUGCACCGGCAGCGCCGCUCGUCCCCGCCGCACCUGCACCUGCACCGGCAGCGCCGCUCGUCCCCGCCGCACCUGCACCUGCACCGGCAGCGCCGCUCGUCCCCGCCGCACCUGCACCUGCACCGGCAGCGCCGCUCGUCCCCGCCGCACCUGCACCUGCACCGGCAGCGCCGCUCGUCCCCGCCGCACCUGCACCUGCACCGGCAGCGCCGCUCGUCCCCGCCGCACCUGCACCUGCACCGGCAGCGCCGCUCGUCCCCGCCGCACCUGCACCUGCACCGGCAGCGCCGCUCGUCCCCGCCGCACCUGCACCUGCACCGGCAGCGCCGCUCGUCCCCGCCGCACCUGCACCUGCACCGGCAGCGCCGCUCGUCCCCGCCGCACCUGCACCUGCACCGGCAGCGCCGCUCGUCCCCGCCGCACCUGCACCUGCACCGGCAGCGCCGCUCGUCCCCGCCGCACCUGCACCUGCACCGGCAGCGCCGCUCGUCCCCGCCGCACCUGCACCUGCACCGGCAGCGCCGCUCGUCCCCGCCGCACCUGCACCUGCACCGGCAGCGCCGCUCGUCCCCGCCGCACCUGCACCUGCACCGGCAGCGCCGCUCGUCCCCGCCGCACCUGCACCUGCACCGGCAGCGCCGCUCGUCCCCGCCGCACCUGCACCUGCACCGGCAGCGCCGCUCGUCCCCGCCGCACCUGCACCUGCACCGGCAGCGCCGCUCGUCCCCGCCGCACCUGCACCUGCACCGGCAGCGCCGCUCGUCCCCGCCGCACCUGCACCUGCACCGGCAGCGCCGCUCGUCCCCGCCGCACCUGCACCUGCACCGGCAGCGCCGCUCGUCCCCGCCGCACCUGCACCUGCACCGGCAGCGCCGCUCGUCCCCGCCGCACCUGCACCUGCACCGGCAGCGCCGCUCGUCCCCGCCGCACCUGCACCUGCACCGGCAGCGCCGCUCGUCCCCGCCGCACCUGCACCUGCACCGGCAGCGCCGCUCGUCCCCGCCGCACCUGCACCUGCACCGGCAGCGCCGCUCGUCCCCGCCGCACCUGCACCUGCACCGGCAGCGCCGCUCGUCCCCGCCGCACCUGCACCUGCACCGGCAGCGCCGCUCGUCCCCGCCGCACCUGCACCUGCACCGGCAGCGCCGCUCGUCCCCGCCGCACCUGCACCGGCAGCGCCGCUCGUCCCCGCCGCACCUGCAGCGGCAGCGCCGCUCGUCCCCGCCGCACCUGCACCGGCAGCGCCGCUCGUCCCCGCCGCACCUGCAGCGGCAGCGCCGCUCGUCCCCGCCGCACCUGCAGCGGCAGCGCCGCUCGUCCCCGCCGCACCUGCAGCGGCAGCGCCGCUCGUCCCCGCCGCACCUGCAGCGGCAGCGCCGCUCGUCCCCGCCGCACCGGCAGCGGCAGCGCCGCUCGUCCCCGCCGCACCGGCAGCGGCAGCGCCGCUCGUCCCCGCCGCACCGGCAGCGGCAGCGCCGCUCGUCCCCGCCGCACCGGCAGCGGCAGCGCCGCUCGUCCCCGCCGCACCUGCACCGGCAGCGCCGCUCGUCCCCGCCGCACCUGCACCGGCAGCGCCGCUCGUCCCCGCCGCACCCGCACCGGCAGCGCCGCUCGUCCCCGCCGCACCCGCACCGGCAGCGCCGCUCGUCCCCGCCGCACCCGCAGCGGCAGCGCCGCUCGUCCCCGCCGCACCCGCAGCGGCAGCGCCGCUCGUCCCCGCCGCACCCGCAGCGGCAGCGCCGCUCGUCCCCGCCGCACCCGCAGCGGCAGCGCCGCUCGUCCCCGCCGCACCGGCAGCGGCAGCGCCGCUCGUCCCCGCCGCACCGGCAGCGGCAGCGCCGCUCGUCCCCCGCCGCGCCUGCACCGGCAGCGCCGCUCGUCCCCCGCCGCGCCUGCACCGGCAGCGCCGCUCGUCCCCCGCCGCGCCUGCACCGGCAGCGCCGCUCGUCCCCCGCCGCGCCUGCACCGGCAGCGCCGCUCGUCCCCCGCCGCGCCUGCACCGGCAGCGCCGCUCGUCCCCCGCCGCGCCUGCACCGGCAGCGCCGCUCGUCCCCCGCCGCGCCCGCACCGGCAGCGCCGCUCGUCCCCCGCCGCGCCCGCACCGGCAGCGCCGCUCGUCCCCCGCCGCGCCCGCACCGGCAGCGCCGCUCGUCCCCCGCCCCGCCCCGCCCCGCCGCGCCCGCACCGGCAGCGCCGCGCCCGCAGCCACUGCAACUGUACCUCUACAGACUCUGCAUCCUUUCCUAG